AUGCGAAACGUUAUCUUGGAUAUCGAGCCAUUUAAUGAAGAUUGGGUGGACUCGACGGAACGUGGUUGGAGUUGGUCCUUCUUAAAGAAUUCUACUAUCAAUGGAAAUGCUUCCUCCUCAACUGGUGACGAAAAUGCGAUCGCUGAUGAUGGGCAAACAGCCGAUGAAUCCGAAGAAAUUAAUACCGAAAAAGCAGGAAAGGUAAAUAGUUCGAAUUAUUCCGAUACGAUCUCUACAUCAGAUCAGGCAAAAACGUUCGGCGAGUCUCACUCGACAUCUACAAUUCCUACGACUCCUCCUCCUUCAUCUUCUAAUUAUAAACAGCCACGAUUUAUAACUAAUAAUGAAUACAUGGAUAUGGAUUGGUCUCCCUGGCAGUUUGUUGAAAUUAUUUGCGAAAUGGAUAUCGAAGAAAAACUAAUGGGCUUAUUUGAGAAAGAAAAUAAAGCAAGGAAAAAAUCGUCAUUAAGUUAUGGUAUUAUCGACCUGAAUGAUAGUAGAAUCAUGGAUGUCUUGGGACUAUCUGUAAAAGUUUAUUUUGAAGAAAAAAAUGAAUAA